AUGGAAGGGACACACACUUUUCAUUAUAUCCUCUAUCUUCUCAAUUCUGCAAACGAAGUCCUCCAGAACUUUCUGCUGUCACAGGUGGCAAUAGAGAAAUCCAUCCUGCAGGCAGAUAAAGCCCUCAGUGAUGGGGAGAAGGCUGUAGUAGAGGAGCAGGCCAGGAGGGAGACAGCUGAGAGGGAACAGGAGCUGCUGAAACACAAACUGCAGGAGCUGGAGCAGCAGACGGAAGCACGACAGAGGAGUCUCCAGGAAAACAUAGCCCAGCUGACAGAGAAGCUGGCGAGGAGAAGAGAAAAGCUACUGAGAGAGCACAAUAUGACGUUGGAGCAUAAGCUGAAGGUCCAGGAAGCUCUGCUUAAAGAAGGAUUUAGAAAGAAAUCUGAGGAGAUGAAUGCAGAGAUAAAUCGUUUGAAAAAUAUGAUUGAUAAUACUAAAGAUGAUGAUACUCCCUGGCUGGCAGUAGCCUUGGACAAAUUUGGCAAAAAGAUCUCUUCACUAUUGUGCGCUCCAGUCAAACUUCUUGGUCAUAUUGUGAGUGGUGUGAGCUCCCUAUUUAAAAUGAAGUAGCUCUUCUUUUAAAGAAAUUAUAGAUACACAAUAUAUGUACAUGCUCUGGCCUAUGUUUGGUGUGAAUGCUUUUCACUUGCAUUCAGCAAAUCUUUAAAUAUAAAAAGUGGUUACUAGAAAAUAUCAAUGCCUGGCCCACAUUAGAUAGAAUAAAUGCACUUUGAUAUAGCAUGUUCACUUUUAGGAAAUAUAUGUGUGCAAAAUCAUAUAUAUGUAUAUAUACAUACAUACAUACAAGAGGCCCGUUGAGGCAUCCCUUUUAAUGGCAAAAGAUUGGAAACUACUUAAAUGUCCAUCUAUAUAAACUGGUAAUAUACAUUUUCCAUGUACAUAUACUGGAAUACUAUGUAGCCAGUAAAAAAAUUGAUAGUGGAGGUUUAUAUGUAUAAAUAUAGAACAACCUUGAAGAUAUAUAGUAGAGUGAAAAAAAUGAGGUACAAAACAGUUUGUAUAAUCUGUUCACCAUAAAAAAUGCAAUUAUUAUGUGCACUCAUAUAUAUGUACACAUAGAACGCCUCUGGAAGAUUCAUUAGAAAGUGGUAUCAUUGGUUCCUUCUGGGGAGAACAGCUUGGCAUUCGUGAUGGAAGGGACACACACUUUUCAUUAUAUCCUCUAUCUUCUCAAUUCUGUAAAGAAAGCUUGUAUUAUCAUUUCUCAAAUGACAAAGAAAACAUAAAGUAUAAUACUAAAAAUGAUAAUAAAUGGAAUGUGAAAUUGACUAUUAGAUGAUGAAAUUGCUCAUUGCUUCUAGAAAUGACAUCAGUCUGUUCAAUGAGUUGGAUCAGAAUACUAGAAAGCAUAAAAUUUGCAUCCUAAUCUUGUUUUCACUUUGGCUGUGUUUUUAAUCCCUUAUAUUUCUUCAAAAAGAAGGUAUAAACUUUCCUGUUACCCCUUGAAAUCUCAGCUAGAGGAGAAUGCAGCUGACAUAUUUUGAACUGUUAUUGCCUAUAGCCAUAAUGCUAAGCUCUUUCGCUAGACUCUUUAAUCCUUCAAAUAACAUUAAGAAGCAUCUACGCUUAUUGUCAACAUUUUAAAGAUCUGAACGGAGAGGCUUAGCAAGUUAAACGAACUUGCCUAAAGUUACAGACAGCAAGUAGCAGAGGAAAACAGCAGCACAUUUUAGAGGCAGUAUUUCACAUUGGGAAGAGCAAUAUAGGAAAGCACCAGACAUCCUGGGUUUGUAGAACUGAACAUAGUUCUGACUGGCUGGAAUCUGGAGUGGGUAGAAGGAAGUAGCACGGGGCUAGAUACUGGAGGAAGACAGGUCGCUGUAAGGAGCUUAGGCUUGUUGUAGUGAACCACUGUAGAAUUUUAAACAUGAAGCAAAAAUUACAUGGACAUACUUGUUUUUGCAGCACUAAUCUCCUCAAUGGAAUUUUAAGUUCUGUGCUCCUUCUUGGUUCCUCAGGCAAACGAAGUCCUCCAGAACUUUCUGCUGUCACAGGUGGCAAUAGAGAAAUCCAUCCUGCAGGCAGAUAAAGCCCUCAGUGAUGGGGAGAAGGCUGUAGCAGGUACGGAGUAGGGCUCUGGCAGUCCCGCAGUUCCCUCUGACAGGUGUGAGAGCAAAACCUUCCUGAUAAGGAAGAAGGAGCGUCUUCUCCAUCUGUGGGAUAGCUCUGCUACAUCCAAAAACAGCAAGGGGAGUUGUGGUUGGACAUGGUUAGAUGUCAGCCAGACAGAGCCUCUCCCAUCACAUUCUGAAAUGUGCUCUUGGUGGUGUGGACACGGGGGGCGGAUUUCAGAGAUUUUCUACCUCCCUUUCCAAUUUUAUUUGGUCUCUGAAGUCAGGAGGGUA